AUGGGAAAAGGUGGACAUAAUACACGUAUUGGAAAUACAGAUGACCAACAAGCAGAUUUAGCAUCAUUAUCAGCACCACCUCAUCGACUACCAACAUUAUCUGAGAUUAAAGUUAAAGUACCAGCUCAUUGUUUUCGUCCAACAGUUCGUGAAUCGAUGAGCUAUGUGGUAAAAGAUGUUAUUUAUGUUGUGUUGGCAUUUAUUGUGAUGUAUCAAAUACAAAGCAGAUUCCAAUAUGGUUUUUUACUUUUUCCUAUUUAUUGGUGUGUACAAGGUACUCUUUAUACAUCACUUUUUGUUCUUGGACAUGAUUGUGGACAUUCUAGCUUUAGUAUGUAUCCAUUGUUAAAUGAUAUUGUUGGCACGAUCUUACACACUUGGAUAUUGACACCAUAUUAUACCUGGAAGAUUACUCAUAAUAAACAUCAUAAAAAUACGGGUAAUAUCGAUAAAGAUGAAAUAUUUUAUCCUCAACGCGGCGCACCGUUUGAACCAUCAUUAAUCGAUGAUAUUCUCUCAUGGCUUCCUGGCAUUGGCUGGUUCUAUUAUUUAAUAAAUGGUUAUUCACCGAGAACAAUUAACCAUUUUAAUCCAUUUGAACCGAUGUUCUAUAAUCGAAAUUUAUUUGGUGUUUCGUGUUCGCUCUUGGCAUAUGUAGGAAUAUGCUAUUCGAUGUAUCUUUAUGCCUGUUCGUUUAGUUUCAUGAACUUAGUUGCUUAUCAUUUAAUACCAGUGUUCCUGUUUGCAUCGUACAUGGUUAUUAUAACAAUGUUACAUCAUACAGAAAUUGAUGUACCCUGGUAUGCUGAUUCUGAAUGGAAUAAUGUGAAAGGUCAAUUAUCAACUGUCGAUCGUGAUUAUGGUUGUGUUCAUUCCGUGAUCCAUACCAUUGGUACACAUCAAAUUCAUCAUCUCUUUACUAAAGUACCGCAUUAUCAUUUAGAAGAGGCAACAAUGCAUUUCCGAAAAGCAUUUCCUGAUUUGGUUCGUUACAGUGAUGAACCAAUUCUAUCUGCAUUUCGACGUAUGUUCAAAAUAUUUAUUCAACAACGUGGCAUUGAUCACGAUAUACGAGUAUUUACGUACAAGGAAGAUGGCAAUGUCAACAAGAAACAAAAAAUUCAUAAUGAAUAA